AUGUCCGCCCCUCGCUCUUUGGGGGCCAUUGGCUCUGCAGCCCUCCGGCCGCGCCCGCAACCACAGCUCCGAUGCCUCCGGUCCGCCGCCCCAGCAACCAUCGCCACGGAGCCGACAUGCCCUCUGGGACGGCGAGCCUUCACCGCCCCCACAAGCUGCAAAACCCAACCAUCGCAAACCCCCCAGUCUCAAGCACGACGACCACGAGCAGCACCUGCAACCACGCUCUCACCAUCAUCCUCCCUAUCCCGUCGCGCCUACCACUCGGCCGACCACCCGUCAGAGGACGCCCUCCCCUUCGGCAAGACCGAGACCGCCAUCCUGACUGCGGCCUACGCCCACAUCCCCGAGCACGGCUUCACCGACCGCGCCCUCGCUCUCGGCGCCCACGACGCCGGUCUGCCAGACAUCUCCACCACCAUCCUGCCCGGCGGCGCCUUUGCCCUCGUCCGCUGGCACCUCGUCACCCGUCGCCGUGAGCUGGAGGCCCGCGCCAGGGAGUUCUUCCCCGCCGCCGCUACGAAUGCGUCCAAGCCGUUGACGCAGGCGCAGGUCAACGCCCGCGCUGAGCAGCUCACCUGGGCGCGGUUGCAUGCCAACCGCCCCGUCAUCGGCCGUUGGCAAGAGGCCCUCGCCAUAAUGGCCCAACCGAGCUGCGCCCCUGAGGCCCUCAAGGAGCUCGCCAAGCUCGCCGACGACAUUUGGUUCCUGGCCGGCGACGCCGCCGUAGACCCUUCGUGGUACACCAAGCGUGCCGCCCUGUCAGCCACGUACGCCGCGACCGAGCUCUUCAUGACCAACGACCGCUCGCCCGACUUUGGUGAGACCCGCGAGUUCCUGGCACGCCGCUUCGCCGACGCCGCCGAGGUCAGCGGUGCCAUUGGGUCCGUGGGCCAGUGGCUCGGCUUCACUGCCAGCGCUGGCGUCAACGUCUUGAGGAGCAAGGGCGUCAGGAUAUGA